AUGUUGAAUUAUGACACAUCGGAAUCGAAGUUGAGACGCGAAUUCGAAGUUUACGGACCAAUUAAAAAGAUUGCUCUUGUUCAAAACACUACUUCGGGAAAGCCGAGAGGCUACGCGUUCGUCGAAUACGAACACGAAAGGGACAUGCAUGCAGCCUACAAACAUGCAGAUGGGAAAAAAAUCGACGGUCGUCGCGUACUCAUCGACGUCGAAAGGGGAAGAACGGUCAAAGGAUGGCUUCCUCGUCGACUAGGCGGCGGACUAGGCAACACAAGACGGGCGAAGGGUCCCGGUGGCGUCACGUUGGAAGAGAACGGACGGGAGGCGAGCCAAGAAAGACCGGCUGAAAUAAUCCGCGAUCGAGAAAUACGUACUAGUCGCAGUCGGGACUUCGAUGCACGGGAUAGGAACGGGAGGCCUGAACGACAUCGGUCUAGGAGUCGCAAUUUGGACCGACGAGACUAUGAUCGUGAUCGUGACCGCGACCGUGAUCGAGAUCGUGAUCGUGAUCGAAACCGGCGCUACGAUGACCGUCGUUAA